UCGGUUAAAAAGGUAAACCAAGAGGCGAGUAAACAAACCCUAUCCCCAACCCACCGCCAAUAAAAAAAAAUAUAAAUAACAACAACAAUUGGAUAACACCCAACUAAUUACCCCGAAUUAUCGAUAAUUACAAGUUUUAGAGGAAAUAAUCUGGGAGAUUGGAUCCACCAUCAGGAAUAUACCAUUGGAUUAAUACCUAUUGGAUCGUCAUUAUAAUCAGACUAAUCGAUUGAUUGAUUAAAUCGAUGUAAAAAUGCUUGGGCUUCUGUGGCUAAAUUGGUGUUGCUUCGAAUGUCACUGAACUCGUCUACUUGUUGCUUCAUUACACUCGCCAUUCAACGGUCAUGAAGUAAUGAGCAACGACUAUUUUGUGACAGUUUAAAUAAUCUUGGAUAUGGUGUGCCACAAUACAGCCCUAUCAUCAAAAUUCUUCGUUAGUUCCAGGUGAAAUAAAUUAUUGUCGAGGAAAUUAUUUUUCGGCAUUGAUAAUCAUCAGGCGGAGAGAUUAUGUCUCGUUAUUCAGUACAUGACAAAUUGUGGAUGGCAAUGUGAGAGAGCCUGUUCAGGGGAUAAAUUUUAUUUUUCAUUUUAUUUGGAUAAACUAAAUUGAGGGGAGGUUGAGGGGUACUCUGGGGCAUUAUCGUCAUCGAGAGAUAAUGAUUACAGAACAGACGUGGACCAUGAUGCUGGAACCCGAUGUACCAAGCUGCAAUGAUCCACGAAAAUUUUAGAUUACGGAUAUCACCGACGAAGCAUUUAUGGAUCAAGGCAGUGAAAAAGCUUACGUCGGAGAGGCUCGGUCGAGAGGGUCUGGCAGCAUGGGGUAGUUUAGCAGCAGCAGCAGCCCAGCCCCAAGAGGAUUCAGAUCUACCGGACAUCGAGGAAGAGGAACCCCAAGGUGAAAUAACGAUCGUCGUUGCACCUCCGGAAGUUCUCCUCGAGGAGAAACAGGAGAAAGAGGAAGAGCCGCCAGUUCAACCAGAUGUUUUUAAGAAGGGCCUGUUGUACAAAGGAAUUUUCUGUCCAUCGUUAACCACCAGUUUUCACAGCUCUAGUUUAGAGAAAUCUUAUUUUCAGUAUUCGAGUCGUCAGAGGCAGAAGUCGUUGAUCAUGUUGAAUGUCGUUGAUCUUGGUUUGAAGAUAGCUCUGAUAUCAAUCUGGAUAUCCCGGAGAACGGAGAAGAGCAGUGGCCUGAUAGAAACCCUGUCUUGGGUGUCAUGCUGCAUGCUAGCAAAUCUUGUUGUCUGCAUCCUAGGCCUCUGGCGUUGGUUCUCCAACAAUUACCUCUACUGGGCAUCUAUAUUUACCUGGCUGUUAAUAAACACUCAAGGUUUCGUCGUUGCUGGACUGAAUUUUUAUUCACAGCAGAGGAUGAUGUGGUACAUUCUUUUUGUUGUUUAUGCACCUUAUGCAAUGUUGCCACUGCCUCUGAGGUGGUGUGUCGUCGCUGGAUCUGGGACUGUCCUCACCCACAUGAUUAUGACAAUUGCUACAAUUUUUUUGAACCAGAAACACCUUCAAGAUUUAAUGUGCAUCCUUCGAAUGUUAACGACAAAUAUUCUUCUGUACAUUGCUGUGAACCUCGUGGGAAUGUAUACAAAAUAUCUGACGGAUAGAGGUCAACGUCAGGCUUUCCUGGAGACCCACAGGUCCAUGGAGACUAGACAACGGACCCAAAAUGAAAAUAAUAGACAGGAGAAACUUUUACUUUCUGUUCUUCCAGACUUUGUCGCCAAGGAGAUGAUCAGGGACAUCGCCAGGGAGACAGCCAGUGGAGGAACUUUUUCCUUUACUCCCAAUCAGUUUCACAGGAUUUAUCUUCACAGAUAUGAAAAUGUCAGCAUUUUGUUUGCUGAUAUCAAGGGAUUCACAGCACUGGCGAGCCAAUGCAGUGCACAGGAGCUGGUGAAGGUUCUUAACAGUCUCUUCGCUCGUUUCGACAAAUUGUCGUCUGAAAAUCAUUGCCUGAGGAUAAAACUCCUGGGGGAUUGUUACUACUGCGUCUCGGGAUUGCCAACAGCGAGGAGUGAUCAUGCCCACUGCUGUGUCGAGAUGGGUCUUGAGAUGAUCAAGGCUAUCAGAGAUGUUCGAUAUGCUCAGAAGGUGGAUUUGGAUAUGAGGAUCGGAAUUCACAGCGGUUCUGUAUUGUGUGGAGUCCUGGGUCUGAGGAAAUGGCAGUUUGACGUCUGGAGUUACGACGUCACCCUCGCGAAUCAUCUAGAAAGCGGGGGGAUUCCCGGACGUGUCCACAUAUCAGCUGAUACUCUGGCGUGUCUCAAUGAAGUUUACGACGUGGAGCCUGGCAACGGUAUGGACAGGGACAAUUACUUGAAAGACCGAAAUGUCGUCACGUACUUGAUCAAACAGCUGGAGCCCCUGAGGUCUAGACGAAGACCAUCAGCGAAGCCCAAAGUCUGGGCUGAUGACGAGACUGGAAAUAAAUCCAAGAAGAGCUUUAAACUGUCAAAUCCAUUGUCCUCGACAUGCAACAGCACAAACACCUCUAAAGAUGAAGAGGAUGUUGGAGUUGAUUGGAUACCGGAAAUCCCAUUUGAAAAUCUGAACAGUGCGAAUUCCAUGAGCAACUUGGAGACUGAAUAUCUUGAAGACGAUGAGGAUGAAGAAGGUGGUGAAAAAAGACCCGGUGGUCUCGAAACCGCGAGCAACAGGAGAAUGAGAUUAGCAAAUAUAAACCCUUGGACCCUGCGCUACAACGACGACAGUCUAGAGUCUAAAUUUGGCCAGCUCCGAGAGGACAUGUUCAAAUCCAACAUGACCUGCUGCGUCGUCAUUUGGAUAUUCAUCGCUGUUUGUCAGGCAGUAAUUGUUUCAGAUUGCAUAAUUCUCUGGGGAUCUCUUCUGUUCACUUCCCUCAUCUUCAUCGUGUGUUCCGUCCUGGUGAUGGCAGAGGAGUUCAAGACCUUGCCAGAGUACCUGCAGCACGCGUCCUCGAUGCUAGUCCACAAUAAGUUGCACAGAACGGUUUUUACCUGCAGCCUGAUAAUGCUGAUGGCAAUGACAUCCGUCGUUGGGGUCCUGGCAUGCCCCUCAGGGCGUUAUCCACCCCCAGAGCUCCCCAUAAUCAAUGAAUUACGAGGAAAAACAACAGAAGUUCCAGCAGAAGUUCCAACAGAAGUUCCAGCAACCCCUACAACCGCCCCAGGCAUUAAUGGUCUCAUCGUCAAGUUCCUGGAGGCAGCCCUGGAGGACGAGCCGAGUCCGGGGGGUUUGAGGGACCCGUCAAAAGCCUCGAACUUCUCCCAAGGGAUGAGGGAUCCUGGAAAUGUCGUCUCAGGGCACCGAAAACAGGAGAUAUUCAGGUAUUAUCGACACGACUCUCACCCUGGAGGCAGGAGACACUACAGGAGAUUCAUCCCCAGACACCAGGGACAUUUAACCUCCAAGAGGAGCCUUUCCAUCCUGGAGACAGGGGAAAAUCCCUCGGAGGCAGUUGUCCUCUUAGAGAACGAGUGGAGGAGCUGUCUUCAACCUGAAUACAUCGUUUUCACUUGGAUCCUCUGCUUGAUUGCUCUAGCUUCCGCUCUGAAACUUUAUUACCUGGUGAAGACUGCCCUGGCCUCCAUGAUUGUCGUUAUGUACGCCGUUUUAAUUCUCUUCUGGCAUGAGGAACUCUUCAUGACACCUGAGGACAGUGACGAAGCAGCGAUUCCGCUGUCUGCACAGAUGCUGAUACUUCUCGUUGUCUUUCUGGUGGUUGUGACGUACCAUGGGAGACUGGUGGAGGUGACCUCGAGGUUGGAUUUCUUGUGGAAACAACAAGCCGAGAGGGAGCUUGGGGAUAUGGUUGAGUCCAAGCACAAUAAUAUGCAAUUGCUGAAAAAUAUUCUGCCUGAUCAUGUCGCCCAUCAUUUCUUGACUACUGAACGACCACCUGAGGAAUUGUAUUCUCAACAGAGGGAAAGGGUUGGGGUUAUGUUCGCUAGUGUUCCCAAUUUUACUGAAUUCUACUCUGAAGAUGUCAACAAGGGGAUGGAGUGCAUCAGAUUGCUCAAUGAAAUUAUCGCUGAUUUUGACGAACUUCUGGAUGAAGCUCCAUUUCACUGCAUCGAGAAAAUCAAAACUGUUGGAGCUACUUACAUGGCUGCAUCUGGUCUCAAUCCACGUCAGAGUGAUCAAUCAAAAGAUGAUAGAGAUCAUCUCUGCAGGCUAGUGGAUUACGCAGUGGCGAUGCGUCUUCGUCUGGAAGACGUGAACAUUCAUUCCUUCAACAACUUCGAUCUUCGAGUGGGGAUCAGCUGUGGUCCUCUGGUGGGUGGAGUAAUUGGUGCUCGGAAGCCAGUCUACGAUAUCUGGGGGAAUACUGUCAACGAGGCCUCCAGGAUGGACUCGACUGGGGUUAUGGGCAAGAUCCAAGUGCCCAAGGAAACCGCCAAAUUCUUGGAGACACGGGGAUAUCAAACCCAAAAAAGGGGAUUGAUUGAGGUGAAGGGAAAAGGCACGAUGGAGACUUAUUUCGUCUUGGGAAGGGACACUCUUCAGCCUGAGGGACCUCCAAGGGGUCGCAGCAGCUGUAGAAGUCUUGCUGCCGUUGUCUAUGGGGUUGUACAAGCGAGGAGAAAACAAAUGUCAUUAAUCACGAGAACAUAAAUAUUGUAAUUAGGCUCGGGAAAUCAUUGGGGAAGACUUUCAAGUGAAAUUUAAAAGAUACUCGUGAAUAUCUCGGAAUCCACCAGGAACAGCGAAAUUUUUUACUAGACCUUUUUUGUAGAUAGAGAGUGGAACUAUUUAAAUGGUCCAAUAAAGAUUUCGCUGUAUCUUAUAGGUCUCGAGAUAUUCCCAGAAAACCCAUGUUCGAAAGUGGAAAUGACUUAUUGUGUUUACUACUUCGGGUCAGUUUUUGAUGAAUAUUUCGUAAUUUAAUGGAGGUAGAGAAAUUUUUAUUGGAAGUUUUUUGUAGAGCCGAGUUGGAGCUACAAAAAAGUUGCAAUGAAGAAUUCACUGUCUCCUCUAGAUGCCGAGAUAUUUGUAAAAAUCCAAGAGUUAGAAAGUUAGCGUUAUGGAUUUUUGUAAAUAAAAUAUAUCUUUGAUAGAUAAAUGCGGAGAAAUAAAUGUACAUAAAUUAAUUGAUGAGUAAACGAUAGAAUAGGACAGUUAUCGUCAAUCAAUAUUUUUUAAAUAAAUAGGUAAAAUAGAAUGAAUUAAUCAUCAAGAAUUGAUGGUAAAACGUGAUAAUUCCGGUGGAUCUGCAAUAAAGAUAAUUAUGAAAGAAUAAAAUAAAAACAAAUAAGCAACUGAUGAGCUUUAACCGUUAUAUUACAUCGUAAUGGUAAAACACAAUAUUAAUUGCAAUAAUAGAUCUCCACAAUCUCCCUCGAAAAAAUCGAGAAAACUCAAUAAAAAAAAAAAGAAAAGUUUCUCUUCAAUCCACGAAUGGAGAAUUAAUUGUAAUAAUUAAUCAAUUAGCGUCACUAAUGGUAUUGAUAAGGCUAGCUACAGUGCAGUUUUAUCGUCUUAAAUAAUCUACUGUACAGUUUCACAACAAAUCCAAGUACUAAUUUACAUGAAUUAUCUUGAAUUGAGAAGUAAUGCAAAACUUUUAUUACUUUUAUUUGAUAAAAAUGAAGAUAAUCGACGAUUUUUAUUAUUUAAAUCUUCGCUGAGUCGAGGCUGUUUGUCAUAAAAAUCUUCAUUUCAGUUGUUCUCUUAUGUAUAAAGGCACUGUACACAUGAACAUUAUAUACAUAAAAGAGCCCGAGGGCUGUCAAGAGUUGUAUGAAAAGUACUGAUUUUCUCCUCCUUUCCUAGAUAAAUUUCAAUUGUUUACUUUAAUUAUUCAAUCGAAACAGUAAAACGUAGUCUUGAAAAAUAUUCCAGUGAUUUUUCUAGUCGUUUCUUUUUUAUAAUUCAUUCUUUAUUUUAGGUCUUGACUCUCGCUUUAGUGAAGAUAUUCAAGUGAAAAACAUUUUUCAAGAUUUUUUCUAAUAGAGUAAUUCCUGUUUUGUCUUCAAUAAAAAUUAAAAGAAAAGUUUUCAUUUCAAAAAAUGAAAUUACACACUUUAUGUUGACAUCUGCCAAUUACUGUAAUUUAUGAAAAUUUGUCGAUUUUUUCUCGAGAAAAAUCCUAGAAUAGAAGAUUUCACUUGAAAAUCCUCAAUCUCCCUCAAGAUUAUAUUUUUGCUCUUGGAGUUGUCCCCAGUGCUUCCAGCAUUGCUUUAUGUCAAUUGUGGGAGUCAUAAAACAUCUUGGUAACUAGAAUUAAUUGCUCAACGCUUAGAAUAACGUGGGUUGACUCCAGAGCUGUUCUUUCACAUUAUAAAAUCAUCUCACUUUCUUUUUUUCUCUUCUAGGUGGGAAAAACUCGUGUAUCACAAUUUGGCAGUGUUGUUUCUUGUUUUUUUUUUAUUCUCGAUAAUUAUCGAUGACCGUAGCUUCGUGAUUAAUCCAUCGAUUUGAGUUACAAGUAUGAGGUUCUAGGGCCCUGCUAGUUUCAUCUAUAAUUAAUUGAGUGAAU